GAGACUGAGAAGAGAGGAAGGAGGGGCGGGCUCCUGGCAAGGCAUCCGCUCCUGAACUGAGUCCUGCAAAAGAUGGAGAAGGAAGAAGACACGACCCGGGAGCUGCUGCUGCCCAACUGGCAGGGCAGCGGCUCCCAUGGGCUGACCAUCGCCCAGAGGGAUGACGGCGUCUUUGUGCAGGAGGUGAUGCAGAACUCCCCUGCGGCCCGCACUGGGGUGGUCAAGGAGGGGGACCAGAUUGUGGGUGCCACCAUCUACUUUGACAACCUGCAGUCAGGCGAGGUGACCCAGCUGCUGAACACCAUGGGGCACCACACUGUGGGCCUGAAGCUGCAUCGCAAGGGGGACCGCUCCCCUGAGCCUGGCCAGACCUGGGCCCACGAAGUCUUCAGCUCCCGAAGCUCUGAGGUGGUUCUGAGCGGGGAUGAUGAGGACUACCAGCGCAUCUACACCACGAAGAUCAAGCCUCGGCUGAGGUCAGAGGAUGGACUAGAAGGGGAUCCUGGGGAGACCCAGAGCCGCACCAUCACGGUGACUAGAAGGGUCACGGCCUACACUGUCGACGUGACAGGCCGCGAGGGAACCAGGGAGAUUGAUAUCAGCAGCCCAGAGUUCAAGAUCAAGAUUCCACGGCAUGAACUGACGGAAAUCUCCACUGUGGAUGUGGACACCCACUCUGGCCAGACAGUGAUCAGACUGCCCUCGGGCCCGGGGGCAGUGUCUCCUACCACAGGCUCUGUUGUGGACAUCCGAGCGGGGUCCAUUUCCGCUUCAGGACCAGAGCUCCAAGGUGCUGGCCACUCGAAGCUCCAGGUCACCGUGCCUGGGAUAAAGGUGGGGAGCCCAGGCAUCAGUGUCAGUGCAAAAGGCUUGAACUUGGGUGGCAAAAGAGGGGUCCAAGUUCCAGGAGUGGACAUUUCGUCUUCUCUUGGGGGUGGGGCAGUGGAAGUGCAGGACCCGUCUCUGGAGAGUGGCAGUAAUGGGAAAAUUAAAAUUCCCACUAUGAAGGUGCCAAAAUUCGGUGUGUCAACAGUGCCUGAGGGCCAGGCACCAGUGGCAGGGCUGAGCGUUUCUGUACCUGAAUUCUCUGUGGAGCACAAGGGUGGCAAGCCAGGCCUGACCAUUGGCGGGGACAUCCAGACCCCUCAGCUAGAAGUCAGUGCUCCUUCUGCCAAUAUUGAGGAGUGCGAGGGGAAGCUGAAGGGCCCCCAGGUCACUGGGCCAUCCCUUGAGAGUAACCUAGGCCUGAAAGGUGCCAAGCCACAGGGGAGCAUAGGGGUGGACAUCUCGGGGCCCAAAAUCGAGGGCACUCUCAGUGGCUCCAGUGUGGAAGUUCAGGCCCCUGACGUUGAUAUUCAUGGGCCUGGGGGCAAACUGAAUAUGCCCAAGGUGAAAGUUCCCAAAUUCUCUGUAUCAGGUUCUAAGGGAGGGGGAGCUGGCAUUGAUGUGGCACUGCCCACAGGUGAAGUGACUCUUCCUGGGAUCUCUGGGGACGUCAGCCUGCCUGAAGUUGCUGCUGGGGGGCUGGAAGGGAAGGUGAAGGGUACGAAAGUCAAGACUCCUGAAAUGAGCAUACAGAAACCUAAAAUCUCCAUGCAGGAUGUGGAUCUGAGCCUUGGAUCCCCUAAACUGAAGGGAGAUAUUAAGGUUUCAGUGCCUGGGGUGCAAGGUGAUGUUAAAGGCCCUCAAGUGGCAGUUAAAGGCUCCAAAGUGGACAUAGAGACACCUAGCCUUGAGGGGACCCUGACGGGACCCACGCUUAGUAGUCCUUCUGGGAAAACAGGAACGUGCAGGAUCUCUAUGGCAGAUGUAGAUCUCAAUGUGGCUGCACCUAAAGUGAAAGGGGGUGUAGAUGUCACACUCCCCAAAGUAGAAGGGAAAGCCAAAGUCCCUGAAGUGGAUGUCAAAGGCCCCAAAGUGGAUGUCAGUGCCCCAGGUGUGGAAGUUCAUGGCCCAGAAUGGAACCUGAAAAUGCCCAAGUUCAGCCCUCCAGGAGUUGAAGGGGAAGGCCCAGCUGUAGAUGUGAAACUACCCAAAGAUGUCAGUAUUUUGGGGCCCAAAGUCAAUGUGGAGGCCCCAAAUGUGAACAUAGGGGGCCCGGGAGGCAAACUUAAAGGCCCUGAUAUUAAGCUGCCUGAAAUGAGUGUCAAGACACCAAAGAUCUCCAUACCUGAUGUCGAUUUGCAUGUUAAAGGCACAAAGGUAAAAGGAGAGUAUGAUGUAACAGUCCCAAAACUUGAAGGGGAACUGAAAGGCCCCAACGUGGGCCUUGAUGCCCCAGAUGUGGAUGUUCAGGGCCCAGACUGGCAUCUUAAGAUGCCCAAGAUGAAAAUGCCCAAAUUCAGUGUGCCAGGGUUCAAAGCAGAGGGCCCAGAAGUGGAUGUGAACCUGCCCAAGGCUGAUGUGGACAUUUCUGGGCACAAGGUAGAUGUUAGUGCUCCAGAUGUGAGCAUUGAGGGACCAGAAGGUAAAUUGAAAGGGCCUAAGUUUAAGAUACCUGAGAUGAAUAUCAAAGCCCCAAAGAUCUCCAUGCCAGAUGUGGACUUACAUUUGAAAGGCCCUAAAGUGAAAGGAGAAUACGAUGUCACAGUGCCAAAAGUGGAAGGUGAGAUUAAAGUUCCUGAUGUUGAACUUAAAAGUGCCAAAGUGGAUAUCGAUGUUCCAGAUGUUGAUGUUCACGGCCCAGACUGGCACCUGAAGAUGCCCAAAAUGAAAAUGCCCAAGUUCAGCAUGCCUGGCUUCAAAGCAGAGGGCCCAGAAGUGGAUGUGAACCUGCCCAAGACUGACAUUGACAUCUCGGGACCCACGGUGGACGUUGAAGUUCCAGAUGUGAACAUUGAAGGACCUGAAGGAAAGCUGAAAGGUCCCAAGUUUAAGAUGCCUGAGAUGAAUAUCAAGGCCCCUAAGAUCUCUGUGCCUGAUGUGGAUUUGCAUAUGAAAGGUCCCAAGGUAAAGGGAGAAUAUGAUGUUACAGUGCCAAAGAUGGAAGGGGAACUCAAAGGGCCAAAAGUAGACGUCAGUGCCCCAGAUUUUGAAGUUCAUGGUCCUGAAUGGAACCUAAAGAUGCCCAAGAUGAAAAUGCCCAAAUUUACCAUGCCCAGCCUCAAAGGGGAGGGCCCAGAAGUGGAUGUGAACCUGCCCAAGGCUGAUGUGGACAUUUCUGCACCCAAGGUAGAUAUUAGUGCUCCAGAUUUGAGCCUCGAAGGACCAGAAGGAAAGUUGAAAGGCCCCAAGUUUAAGAUGCCUGAGAUGCACUUCAAGGCUCCUAAGAUGACUCUGCCAGAUGUUGACUUGGAUCUUAAAGGACCCAAAAUGAAAGGCAAUCUAGAUAUGUCAGUACCAAAAAUAGAAGGUGAGAUGAAAGUUCCAGAUGUGGACAUCAAAGUACCCAAGGUAGACAUUAAAGCACCAGAUGUGGAAGUCCAAGGUGCAGACUGGAGCCUGAAAAUGCCCAAGAUGAAAAUGCCCAAGUUCAGCAUGCCCGGCUUGAAAGGCGAGGGCCCAGAUGUGGAUGUGAACCUGCCCAAGGCUGACGUUGACAUCUCUGGACCCAAAGUUGACAUUGAAACCCCAGAUGUGAGCCUUGAAGGUCCAGAAGGGAAGCUGAAGGGCCCCAAGUUUAAGAUGCCUGAGAUGCACUUCAAGACCCCCAAGAUCUCCAUGCCUGACGUGGACUUACACUUGAAAGGUCCUAAGGUGAAGGGGGAUGUGGACGUGUCUGUGCCCAAGUUAGAAGGUGAAAUGAAAGUGCCAGAUGUGGACAUCAAAGGACCCAAAGUGGACGUCGAUGUCCCAGAUGUGGACAUUCACGGCCCAGACUGGAACUUGAAAAUGCCCAAGAUGAAAAUGCCCAAAUUUAGCAUGCCUGGCUUCAAAGGUGAGGGCCCAGAAGUGGAUGUGAACGUGCCCAAGGCUGACAUUGACAUCUCUGGACCCAAAGUGGACAUUGAAGCCCCAGAUGUCAACAUUGAAGGACCGGAAGGAAAGCUGAAAGGCCCCAAGUUUAAGAUGCCUGAGAUGCACUUCAAGGCUCCCAAGAUCUCCAUGCCUGAUGUGAACUUGAAUCUUAAGGGGCCCAAACUAAAGGGAGAUAUGGAUGUGUCUGUGCCUGAUGUAGAAGGUGAAAUGAAAGUGCCAGAUGUGGACAUUAAAGGGCCCAAAGUUGACAUCAGUGCUCCAGAUGUGGAUGUUCAUGGCCCAGACUGGCACCUAAAGAUGCCCAAGGUGAAAAUGCCCAAGUUCAACAUGCCUGGCUUCAAAGGUGAGGGCCCAGAAGUGGAUGUGAACUUGCCCAAGGCCAACAUUGAUGUCUCAGGGCCCAAGGUGGAUGUUGAAGUUCCAGAUGUGAAUAUUGAUGGUCCAGAUGCAAAAGUAAAAGGUCCUAAAUUUAAGAUGCCAGAAAUGAAUAUAAAGCCUCAGAAGAUAUCCAUGCCAGAUGUUGGUUUGCAUUUGAAAGGUCCUAAAAUGAAAGGAGAUUAUGAUGUUACAAUUCCAAAAGUAGAAGGAGAGAUAAAAACUCCUGAUGUUGACAUCAAAGGUCCCAAAGUGGACAUUAAUGCACCAGAUGUGGGAGUUCAUGGCCCAGACUGGCAUCUAAAGAUGCCCAAAGUGAAAAUGCCCAAGUUCAGCAUGCCAGGCUUCAAAGGAGAGGGCCCAGAAGUGGAUGUAAACCUGCCAAAGGCUGAUAUUGAUGUCUCAGGUCCCAAGGUGGACAUUGAUGUUCCAGAUGUGAAUAUUGAAGGUCCAGAGGGGAAACUAAAGGGUCCCAAGUUCAAGAUGCCAAGCAUGAAUAUACAGACACAGAAAAUCUCUAUGCCUGAUGUUGGACUUAAUCUAAAAGCCCCUAAGCUGAAAACUGAUGUAGAUGUUUCCCUUCCCAAAGUGGAAGGAGAGUUGAAAGGUCCUGAAAUUGACAUGAAGGCCCCGAAGGUGGAUGUGGAUGUUGGUGAUAUUGAUAUUGAAGGUCCAGAAGGGAAGCUGAAAGGUCCUAAGUUUAAGAUGCCAGACAUGCACUUCAAGACUCCCAAGAUCUCCAUGCCAGAUGUGGACUUACACUUGAAAGGCCCCAAAGUCAAAGGGGAUGCAGAUGUGUCUAUGCCGAAGAUAGAAGGUGAAAUGAAAGUGCCAGAUGUGGACAUCAAAGGGCCCAAAGUAGACAUCGAUGUCCCAGAUGUGGAUGUUCAUGGCCCAGACUGGCACCUGAAGAUGCCCAAGGUGAAAAUGCCCAAGUUCAGUAUGCCUGGCUUCAAAGGUGAGGGCCCAGAAGUGGAUGUGAACCUGCCCAAGGCUGACAUUAAUGUGUCUGGCCCCAAAGUGGACAUUGAUGCUCCUGAUUUGGAUAUAGAGGGACCAGAAGGAAAAUUAAAGGGCUCUAAAUUUAAGAUGCCUAAGUUGAAUAUCAAAGCUCCUAAGAUAUCCAUGCCAGAUGUGGACUUGAAUUUGAAGGGACCCAAAGUGAAAGGAGAAAUUGAUGCUUCUGUGCCUGAGCUAGAAGGUGAUCUCAGAGGUCCACAAGUUGAUAUCAAAGGUCCCAGUGUGGAUGUGGAGAUGCCUGAAGUCGAUCUGGAAUGUCCUGAUGCAAAGUUGAAAGGCCCUAAGUUUAAGAUGCCUGAGAUGCACUUCAAGACCCCCAAGAUCUCCAUGCCUGACGUGGACUUACACUUGAAAGGUCCUAAGGUGAAGGGGGAUGUGGACGUGUCUGUGCCCAAGUUAGAAGGUGAAAUGAAAGUGCCAGAUGUGGACAUCAAAGGACCCAAAGUGGACGUCGAUGUCCCAGAUGUGGACAUUCACGGCCCAGACUGGAACUUGAAAAUGCCCAAGAUGAAAAUGCCCAAAUUUAGCAUGCCUGGCUUCAAAGGUGAGGGCCCAGAAGUGGAUGUGAACGUGCCCAAGGCUGACAUUGACAUCUCUGGACCCAAAGUGGACAUUGAAGCCCCAGAUGUCAACAUUGAAGGACCGGAAGGAAAGCUGAAAGGCCCCAAGUUUAAGAUGCCUGAGAUGCACUUCAAGGCUCCCAAGAUCUCCAUGCCUGAUGUGAACUUGAAUCUUAAGGGGCCCAAACUAAAGGGAGAUGUGGAUGUGUCUGUGCCAAAAUUGGAAGGAGAUUUGAAAGGCCCCAGUGUGGACGUGGAGAUGCCUGACGUUGAUCUAGAAUGUCCUGAUGCAAAGUUGAAAGGCCCUAAGUUUAAGAUGCCAGACAUGCACUUCAAGACUCCCAAGAUCUCCAUGCCUGAUGUGGACUUACACUUGAAAGGCCCCAAAGUGAAAGGGGAUGUGGAUGUGUCUGUGCCCAAGAUAGAAGGUGAAAUGAAAGUGCCAGAUGUGGACAUUAAAGGCCCCAAAAUAGACAUUGAUGCCCCAGAUGUGGAUGUUCAUGGCCCAGACUGGCACCUGAAGAUGCCCAAGAUGAAAAUGCCCAAGUUCAGCACGCCUGGCUUCAAAGGCGAGGGACCAGAUGUGGAUGUGAACCUGCCCAAGGCUGACAUUGACAUCUCUGGACCCAAGGUGGACAUUGAAGCCCCGGAUAUGAACAUUGAGGGUCCAGAAGGAAAACUGAAAGGCCCGAAGUUCAAGAUGCCUGAAAUGCACUUUCAUGCACCUAAGAUCUCCAUGCCUGAUGUUGAUUUCAACUUAAAAGGGCCUAAAAUCAAAGGAGACUUUGAUGUUUCUGCCCCAAAGCUGGAGGGAGAGUUAAAGGGUCCAGAAGUGGAUGUCAGAGGCCCCAAAUUGGAUGUUGACAUGUCAGACAUAGCUGUGGAAGGUCCAGAUGGCAAAUGGAAAAGUCCUAAAUUUAAGAUGCCAGACAUGCACUUUAAAGCUCCCAAAAUCUCCAUGCCAGACAUUGAUCUACACUUAAAAAGUCCCAAGAUAAAGGGAGAGGUGGAUGUUGAUGUUCCCAAAUUGGAAGGUGACCUCAAAGGGCCAGACCUCAAAGGUGACAUCAGUGGGCCAGAUAUCGACAUCGAAGGACCAGAGGGCAAAUUGAAAGGUCCCAAGUUCAAGAUGCCUGACAUGCAUUUCAAAGCCCCAAAUGUUUCUAUGCCUGAUGUGGACCUAAAUUUGAAAGGACCAAAAAUCAAGGGGGAUGUUGAUGUGUCUGUGCCUGAGGUAGAAGGUAAAAUUAAAGUACCAGAUGUGAACAUCAAGGGUCCCAAAGUAGACAUAAAUGCUCCUGAUGUUCAUGGCCCAGACUGGCACCUGAAAAUGCCAAAAAUGAAAAUGCCCAAGUUCAGCAUGCCUGGUUUCAAAGCAGAGGGUCCAGAGGUAGACGUGAAUCUUCCCAAGGCUGACAUUGAUGUCUCAGGACCCAAAGUUGACAUUGAAGUCCCAGAUAUGAGCAUCGAGGGUCCAGAGGGAAAAAUCAAGGGGCCUAAAUUUAAGAUGCCAGAAAUGAACAUCAAAACUCCCAAGAUCUCCAUGCCAGAUGUAGAUCUACACUUGAAAAGUCCUAAGGUCAAAGGUGAUGUGGACAUUUCCCUGCCUAAGGUGGAAGGUGACCUAAAGGCCCCCAAAAUGGACAUUGAUGUCCCAGAUGUUGAUGUUCAGGGCCCAGACUGGCACCUGAAAAUGCCCAAGAUGAAAAUGCCCAAGUUCAGCAUGCCAGGCUUCAAAGGAGAAGGCCCAGAAGUGGACGUGAGCCUGCCCAAGGCUGACAUUGACAUCUCAGGACCCAAGGUGGACAUUGAAGGCCCUGAUGUUAACAUUGAGGGUCCUGAGGGAAAGUUGAAAGGUCCUAAGUUCAAGAUGCCUGAUGUGGAUGUUCAUGGUCCAGACUGGCACCUGAAGAUGCCCAAAAUGAAAAUGCCCAAAUUCAGCAUGCCUGGCUUCAAAGGAGAGGGCCCAGAAGUGGAUGUGAACCUGCCCAAGGCUGACAUAGAUGUAUCAGGACCCAAAGUGGAUGUUGAAUGUCCUGAUGUGAAUAUUGAAGGACCUGAAGGAAAGUGGAAAAGUCCAAAGUUUAAGAUGCCUGAAAUGCAUUUGAAGACUCCAAAGAUAUCUAUGCCAGAUAUUGAUCUUAAUCUAACAGGUCCAAAAAUAAAAGGAGAUGUGGAUGUCACAGGUCCCAAGCUAGAGGGAGACUUGAAAGGCCCUGAAGUCGACCUCAAAGGCCCCAAAGUGGACAUUGAUGUCCCAGAUGUAGAUGUCCAUGGCCCAGACUGGCACCUGAAAAUGCCCAAGAUGAAAAUGCCCAAGUUCAGCAUGCCAGGCUUCAAAGGAGAAGGCCCAGAAGUGGAUGUGAACCUGCCUAAGGCCGACAUUGAUGUGACUGGACCUAAGGUGGACAUUGAAGGCCCUGAUGUUAACAUUGAGGGUCCUGAGGGAAAGUUGAAAGGUCCUAAGUUCAAGAUGCCUGAGAUGAACAUCAAAGCCCCCAAGAUCUCCAUGCCUGACUUUGAUUUGCACCUGAAAGGUCCCAAGGUAAAGGGUGAUGUGGAUGUGUCUCUGCCCAAAGUGGAAGGUGACCUAAAGGCCCCUGAAGUUGACAUCAAGGGCCCCACGGUGGAUGUUGAUGUCCCAGAUGUGGAUGUUCAUGGCCCAGACUGGCACCUGAAGAUGCCCAAGGUGAAAAUGCCCAAAUUCAGCAUGCCAGGCUUCAAAGGAGAGGGCCCAGAAGUGGAUGUGAACCUACCCAAGGCUGAUAUUGAUAUAUCAGGACCCAAGGUGGACAUUGAAGGCCCUGAUGUUAACAUUGAAGGACCGGAGGGAAAGUUGAAAGGUCCUAAGUUCAAGAUGCCUGAGAUGAACAUCAAAGCCCCCAAGAUCUCCAUGCCAGACAUCGAUCUUAACCUGAAGGGCCCCAAAGUGAAGGGUGAUGUGGAUGUGUCUUUACCAAAAGUGGAAGGUGAGAUUAAAGUUCCUGAAGUUGACAUCAAGGGCCCCAAAGUGGAUGUUGAUGUUCCAGAUGUGGAUGUUCAUGGCCCAGAUUGGCACCUGAAAAUGCCCAAGAUAAAAAUGCCCAAGAUCAGCAUGCCCGGCUUCAAAGGAGAAGGCCCAGAAGUGGAUGUGAACCUGCCCAAGGCUGACAUUGAUGUCUCAGGACCCAAGGUGGACAUUGAUGUUCCAGAUGUGAAUAUUGAAGGUCCAGAUGCAAAACUGAAGGGCCCCAAGUUCAAGAUGCCAGAGAUGAACGUCAAAGCUCCAAAGAUAUCCAUGCCAGAUUUGGACCUUAAUCUUAAAGGCCCUAAGAUGAAAGGAGAGGUGGAUGUUUCCCUUCCAAAUGUAGAAGGUGAUGUGAAAGGGCCUACUCUUGACAUCAAGGGUCCAAAGAUAGAUGUAGAUGCUCCAGAUAUUGACAUUCAUGGCCCUGAAGGCAAAUUGAAAGGUCCCAAACUGAAGAUGCCAGACAUGCAUGUAAACAUGCCCAAGAUCUCCAUGCCAGAAAUUGACCUGAAUUUGAAAGGGACAAAGCUUAAGGGAGAUGUUGAUGUUUCUGGGCCCAAAUUGGAAGGUGACAUUAAAGCUCCCAAGUUGGAUGUAAAGGGCCCAGAAGUGGACAUUUCUGGUCCUAAGGUCAAUCUUGAAGGCAAGUCAAAGAAAUCACGUUUUAAGCUUCCUAAAUUUAACUUUUCAGGCUCCAAAGUUCAGACACCUGAGGUGGAUGUCAAAGUUAAAAAGCCAGAUAUUGAUGUGACAGGUCCAAAAGUUGAUAUUAAUGCUCCUGAUGUUGAAGUCCAAGGGAAAGUGAAAGGAUCCAAGUUCAAAAUGCCUUUCCUGAGUAUUUCAUCUCCUAAAGUUUCUAUGCCUGAUGUGGAGUUAAAUCUGAAAGGUCCUAAAGUUAAAGGAGACUUAGAUGUUACAGCUCCUAAUUUAGAAGGUGACUUUAAAGGACCCAAAGUAGAUAUUAAAGCACCAGAAGUUCAUCUUGAUGCACCUGAUGUGGAUGUUCAUGGUCCAGAUUGGAAUUUGAAAAUGCCCAAAAUGAAAAUGCCCAAGUUUGGUGUGCCUGGCUUAAAAGCGGAAGGGCCAGAAAUGGCUGUGGAUCUGCCAAAAGGCGAUAUCAACAUAGAGGGUCCCAGAAUGGACAUUGAGGGUCCAGAAAUCAAUGUAGAAGGUGUAGAAGGAGGCUUAAAAGGUCCCAAACUCAAGAUGCCUGACAUGAAUAUCAAAACUCCCAAGAUCUCCAUGCCUGACAUUGAUUUAGACCUGAAGGGCCCCAAGGUGAAAGGUGAUAUGGAUGUUUCUCUGCCCAAAGUUGAAGGGGAUCUGAAAGGGCCAGAGAUUGAUAUCAAAGGGCCCAAAGUGGACAUUGAUGCCCCUGGUGUGGAUGGUCAUGGCCCAGACUGGCACCUGAAAAUGCCCAAGGUGAAAAUGCCCAAGUUCAGCAUGCCUGGCUUCAAAGGAGAGGGCCCAGAAGUGGAUGUGAACCUGCCAAAGGCUGACAUUGAUAUUUCUGGCCCCAAAGUGGACAUCGAUGCCCCAGAUGUGAGUAUUGAAGGUCCAGAUGCAAAACUGAAGGGCCCCAAGUUCAAGAUGCCUGAGAUGAACAUCAAAGCCCCCAAAAUCUCCAUGCCUGACCUUGAUCUGAACUUGAAGGGCCCCAAAAUAAAAGGUGAUGUGGAUAUGUCAUUGCCAAAAGUAGAAGGUGACCUAAAGGGCCCUGAGGUGGACAUAAAAGGCCCCAAAGUGGACAUCGACACUCCUGAUAUUAACAUUGAAGGCCCAGAGGGGAAACUGAAGGGGCCCAAAUUCAAGAUGCCAGAGAUGCACCUAAAGACUCCUAAGAUUUCCAUGCCUGAUAUUGAUUUAAACCUGAAAGGCCCUAAGGUGAAGGGCGAUGUGGAUGUUUCCCUUCCCAAGUUUGAAGGUGAUCUGAAAGGCUCUGAAGUGGACCUCAAAGGUCCCAAAGUGGGCAUUGAUGCCCCUGAUGUGGAUGUUCAUGGACCAGACUGGCACCUGAAAAUGCCCAAGGUGAAAAUGCCCAAGUUCGGCAUGCCAGGCUUCAAAGGAGAGGGCCCAGAAGUGGAUGUGAACCUGCCCAAAGCUGACAUUGAUGUGACUGGACCUAAGGUGGACAUUGAAGGCCCUGAUGUUAACAUUGAGGGUCCUGAGGGAAAGUUGAAAGGUCCUAAGUUCAAGAUGCCUGAGAUGAACAUCAAAGCCCCCAAGAUCUCCAUGCCUGACUUUGAUUUGCACCUGAAAGGCCCCAAGGUCAAAGGAGAUGUGGAUGUUUCCCUGCCUAAGCUGGAAGGUGACCUAACAGGCCCUGAAGUUGACAUCAAGGGCCCCGAGGUGGAUGUUGAUGUCCCAGAUGUGGAUGUCCAUGGCCCAGACUGGCACCUGAAGAUGCCCAAAAUAAAAAUGCCCAAGAUCAGCAUGCCUGGCUUCAAAGGAGAGGGCCCAGAAGUGGACGUGAACCUGCCCAAAGCUGACAUUGAUGUCUCAGGACCCAAGGUGGACAUUGAUGUUCCAGAUGUGAAUAUCGAAGGUCCAGAUGCAAAACUGAAGGGCCCCAAGUUCAAGAUGCCUGAGAUGAACAUCAAAGCCCCCAAGAUCUCUAUGCCUGACUUUGAUUUGCACCUGAAAGGUCCUAAGAUGAAAGGAGAUGUGGAUGUUUCUCUGCCUAAGGUGGAAGGUGACCUGAAGGCCCCUGAAGUUGACAUCAAAGGGCCCAAAAUGGACACUGAUGCCCCUGAUGUGGAUAUGCAUGGUCCAGACUGGCACCUGAAGAUGCCCAAGGUGAAAAUGCCCAAGUUCAGCAUGCCUGGCUUCAAAGGCGAGGGCCCAGAUGUGGAUGUGAACCUGCCCAAAGCUGACAUUGACAUCUCAGGACCCAAGGUGGACAUAGACGCUCCUGAUGUUGACAUUCAUGGCCCAGAAGGGAAACUGAAGGGUCCCAAGUUUAAAAUGCCUGACCUGCACCUCAAGACACCCAAGAUCUCCAUGCCUGAAGUGGACCUGAAUCUGAAGGGUCCCAAGGUAAAGGGUGAUGUGGAUGUGUCUCUGCCCAAAGUGGAAGGUGACCUAAAGGCCCCUGAAGUUGACAUCAAGGGCCCCAAAGUGGACAUCGACGUCCCAGAUGUGGAUGUUCAUGGCCCAGACUGGCACCUGAAGAUGCCCAAAGUGAAAAUGCCCAAGUUCAGCAUGCCAGGCUUCAAAGGAGAAGGCCCAGAAGUGGAUGUGAACCUGCCCAAAGCUGACAUUGAUGUCUCAGGACCCAAGGUGGACAUUGAUGUUCCAGAUGUCAAUAUCGAAGGUCCAGAUGCAAAACUGAAGGGCCCCAAGUUCAAGAUGCCAGAGAUGAACAUCAAAGCGCCUAAGAUUUCCAUGCCUGAUAUUGACUUUAACCUGAAAGGUCCCAAGGUAAAGGGUGAUGUGGAUGUGUCUUUGCCUAAAGUGGAAGGUGACCUCAAGGGCCCCGAAAUUGACAUCAAAGGGCCCAAAAUGGACACUGAUGCCCCUGAUGUGGAUAUGCAUGGUCCAGACUGGCACCUGAAAAUGCCCAAGGUGAAAAUGCCCAAGUUCAGCAUGCCUGGCUUCAAAGGAGAGGGCCCAGAAGUGGAUGUGAACCUGCCAAAGGCUGACAUUGAUAUUUCUGGCCCCAAAGUGGACAUUGAUGCCCCGGAUGUGAAUAUUGAAGGUCCUGAUGUGAAAUUGAAGGGCCCCAAGUUCAAGAUGCCAGAGAUGAACAUCAAAGCUCCCAAAAUCUCCAUGCCUGACCUUGACUUUAACCUGAAGGGCCCCAAAAUGAAGGGUGAUGUGGAUGUUUCUUUGCCCAAGGUGGAAGGUGACCUCAAGGGCCCUGAAAUUGACAUCAAGGGCCCCAAAUUGGACGUCGACACUCCUGAUGUCAAUAUUGAAGGCCCAGAAGGAAAAUUGAAGGGGCCCAAAUUUAAGAUGCCAGAGAUGCAUAUUAAAGCCCCCAAGAUCUCCAUGCCUGACUUUGAUUUAAAUUUGAAAGGGCCAAAAGUAAAGGGUGAUGUGGACCUUUCAUUACCUAAGGUGGAAGGUGAUCUAAAAGGGCCAGAGGUGGACAUUGAAGGUCCUGAAGGGAAACUCAAAGGUCCCAAAUUUAAGAUGCCUGAUGUCCAUUUCAAAACCCCACAAAUCUCCAUGAGCGACAUUGAUUUGAACUUGAAAGGACCUAAGAUAAAGGGAGAUUUGGAUAUUUCAAUUCCUAAAGUGGAAGGAGACCUGAAAGGCCCCAAAGUGGAUGUUAAAGGCCCUAAUCUGGGCAUAGACAUGCCUGAUGUUGACAUUCAUGGCCCAGAAGGGAAACUGAAGGGUCCCAAGUUUAAAAUGCCUGACCUGCACCUCAAGACACCCAAGAUCCCCAUGCCUGAAGUGGACCUGAAUCUGAAGGGUCCCAAGGUAAAGGGUGAUGUGGAUGUGUCUCUGCCCAAAGUGGAAGGUGACCUAAAGUCCCCUGAGGUUGACAUCAAGGGCCCCGAAGUGGACAUCGACAUCCCAGAUGUGGAUGUUCAUGGCCCAGACUGGCACCUGAAGAUGCCCAAGGUGAAAAUGCCCAAGUUCAGCAUGCCUGGCUUCAAAGGAGAAGGCCCAGAAGUGGAUGUGAACCUGCCCAAAGCUGACAUUGAUGUCUCAGGACCCAAGGUGGACAUUGAUGUUCCAGAUGUCAAUAUCGAAGGUCCAGAUGCAAAACUGAAGGGCCCCAAGUUCAAGAUGCCAGAGAUGAACAUCAAAGCGCCUAAGAUUUCCAUGCCUGAUAUUGACUUUAACCUGAAAGGUCCCAAGGUAAAGGGUGAUGUGGAUGUGUCUUUGCCUAAAGUGGAAGGUGACCUCAAGGGCCCCGAAAUUGACAUCAAAGGGCCCAAAAUGGACACUGAUGCCCCUGAUGUGGAUAUGCAUGGUCCAGACUGGCACCUGAAAAUGCCCAAGGUGAAAAUGCCCAAGUUCAGCAUGCCUGGCUUCAAAGGAGAGGGCCCAGAAGUGGAUGUGAACCUGCCAAAGGCUGACAUUGAUAUUUCUGGCCCCAAAGUGGACAUUGAUGCCCCGGAUGUGAAUAUUGAAGGUCCUGAUGUGAAAUUGAAGGGCCCCAAGUUCAAGAUGCCAGAGAUGAACAUCAAAGCUCCCAAAAUCUCCAUGCCUGAUGUUGACUUGGAUUUGAAAGGAUCCAAAGUCAAAGGAGAUUUUGAUGUGUGCAUCCCUAAGAUUGAAGGUACUUUCAAAGGCCCAGAAGGAGACCUUAAAGGUUCAGGUCUGGAUUUUGAAGGCCCGGAUGCCAGGUUCAGUGGCCCAAAUUUGAAGAUGCCAUCGCUGGAUAUAUCUGCCCCUAAAGUAACUGUUCCUGAUGUUGAUUUGCAUUUCAAGGCACCCAAAAUUGGGGUUUCUGGUCCCAAGUUGGAAGGUGCUGAACUGGACCUCAAAGGGCCCAAGGUUGAUUUAGAAGCUCCAAGCUUAGAUGUACACACGGAGAGCCCAGAUAUUAAUAUUGAGGGGCCAGACAUUAAAAUUCCCAAAUUUAAGAAACCCAAGUUUGGUUUUGGGGCAAAAAGCCCUAAAGCUGACUUCAAGUCACCUUCCCUGGAUGUGACCGUUCCUGAGGCAGAGCUGAAUGUUGAGACUCCUGAAAUUAGUGUUGGUGGCAAGGGCAAGAAGAGUAAGUUUAAAAUGCCCAAAAUUCACAUGAGUGGCCCUAAAAUGAAGGCCAAAAAACAGGGAUUUGACUUGAAUGUUCCCGGGAACGAAAUUGAUGCCAGUCUCAAGCCUCCUGAUGUAGAUGUCAACGUUGCUGGGCCAGACGCCACAUUUAAAGCUGAUGUGAAAUCCCCCAAAACCAAGAAACCUAUGUUUGGGAAAAUGUACUUUCCAGAUGUAGAAUUUGACAUUAAAUCACCUAAAUUUAAAGCUGAGGCCCCGCUCCCUAGCCCCAAAAUGGAGGGUGAAAUCCAGGCAACUGAUGUGGAUAUUUCUUCGCCUGGGAUUCAUGUGGAAGGUCCCGACAUCAAGCUGAAGGCUCCCAAGUUCAAGCUGCCAGGUAUGGAUGUCUCAGGGGGAAAAAUAGAGGGUGACUUGAAAGGCCCCAGGGUGCAGGCAAACUUGGACGCACCUGACAUCAACAUUGAAGGCCCAGAUGCUAAAGUCAAAGCCCCGUCGUUCGGCAUUUCUGGCCCUCAGGUCUCCAUCCCCGAUGUGAACGUUAGCUUGAAAGGACCAAAGAUAAAGGGUGAUGUCCCCAGUGUGGGACUGGAAGGACCAGACAUAGAUCUGCAAGGUCCAGAAUCAAAGAUCAAAUUCCCCAAGUUUUCAAUGCCCAAGAUCGGCGUCCCUGGUGUGAAGAUGGAAGGGGUAGGAGCUGAGGUUCAUGCCCAGCUGCCCUCUCUCGAAGGAGGCUUGAGUGCACCUGAUGUUAAGCUUGAAGGGCUGGAUGUGUCUCUGAAAGGGCCAAAAGUAGACUUGCCUUCAGUGAACCUCUCUAUGCCAAAAGCCUCUGGACCUGACCUUGACCUGAACUUGAAAGGACCAAGUUUGAAGGGAGACCUGGAUGCCUCUGUUCCUGGUGUGAAGGUGCACUCCCCAGGGCUUGACCUCAGAGGUCAAGGUGGAAAGGUGAGGAUGGAAGGAGACAGUGUGAAAGGGCCUGGGAUCGACGCCACGCUAAACCUUGGCACCCCAGAUGUGACCCUGAAGGGACCAACCCUGCAGGGAGACCUGGCUGUCUCUGGUGACAUCAAAUGCCCUAAAGUAUCAGUAGGUGCUCCUGAUCUAAGCUUGGAGGCCCCUCAAGGUGGCAUUAAACUUCCCAAAAUGAAGCUGCCCCAGUUUGGCAUCUCGACUUCAGGGUCCGACUUGGACAUGAACGUCAAAGGGCCACAAGUGACUGGAGAGCUACAGGCCCCAGGCAUCGGUGUGAACCUCGGAGGCCUGAACCUGAAAGGGCCUCAGAUCUCUGGCCCUCAAAUCUCAGCACCAGACAUGGACUUGAACUUGGAAGGACCAAAAAUAAAAGGAAGCCUCGGGGCCACUGGUGAAAUGAAAGGCCCCACUGUUGGAGGAGGUCUUCCGGGUGUCAGUGUUCAAGGCCUCGAAGGAAACGUCCAGAUGCCUGGAAUUAAGUCCUCUGGAUGUGAUGUGGAGCUGCCAGGUGUGAGUGUGAAACUCCCAACGGGGCACAUUUCUGGUCCCGAAAUCAAAGGCGAUCUGAAAGGUUCAGGAAUAGGUUUCCACGGGGCUGCUCCCGACAUUAGCGUCAAGGGGCCUUCACUUAAUGUGGCCUCUCCUGAGUCAGAUUUCGGUGUCAGCUUGAAGGGCCCGAAAAUGAAAGGAGGUGUGGAUGUUUCAGGGGGUGUCAGCGCCCCAGCUGUCAGCCUGGGCGAAGGACACGUGAGUGUCAAAGGACCCCAGGCCUCCUCCGCUCUCAACUUGGAUGCACCUAAGUUUGCUGGGGGACUUCAUUUCUCAGGACCAAAGGUAGAAGGCGGUGUGAAAGGAGGCCAGGUUGGACUCCAGGGUCCUGGGCUGAGUGUGUCUGGGUCUCCAGGUCACUUGGAAAGCAGAUCUGGAAAAGUAACAUUCCCCAAGAUGAAGAUCCCCAAAUUCACCUUCUCUGGCCGUGAGCUGGUUGGCAGAGAAGUGGGGGUAGAUAUUAACUUCCCUAAAGCGGAGGCCACUGUCCAGGCCGGGGCCGGAGAGGGGGAGUGGGAAGAGUCUGACGUAAAACUGAAGAAGUCCAAAAUCAAAAUGCCCAAGUUCAAUUUUUCCAAACCUAAAGGGAAAGGUGGUGUCACGGGCUCCCCGGAAGCAUCCAUUUCAGGGUCCAAAGGCGACCUGAAGAGCUCGAAGGCCAGCCUGGGUUCUCUGGAAGGAGACAACGAGGCCGACACGUCAUCACCCAAAGGCAAAUUCUCCUUAUUUAAAAGUAAGAAGCCCCGGCACCGCUCAAAUUCCUUCAGCGACGAACGGGAGCUCUCGGCGCCUUCCACCCCGACGGGGACUUUGGAGUUUGAAGGUGGGGAAGUGUCACUGGAAGGCGGGAAAGUCAAAGGGAAACACGGAAAGCUGAAAUUUGGUACCUUUGGUGGAUUGGGGUCAAAGAGCAAAGGUCAUUAUGAGGUGACUGGGAGCGAUGACGAGACAGGCAAGUUACAGGGAAGUGGAGUGUCCUUGGCCUCUAAGAAGUCCCGACUGUCUUCUUCUUCCAGCAAUGACAGUGGGUCUAAGGUUGGCAUCCAGCUUCCCGAGGUGGAGCUGGUGGUUUCCAAGAAAGAGUAGCAGGCCUCUGUGUGUGUACAUAUAUGUAUAAAAAUACACCAGCCUUGGGUGUGUUUGUAUAUAAACUCCAGAGAGAAACACGCCGACAGCCUCAGCAUAAUGCAGAGAUCUGGCCUCUGCCUGUGGCAAGUGCUGAAAAAGCCAACCAGCCGCCUUAGUUGCCCCGGCCCGGAGCUUUACAGAUACAGGAACUAAGGGUUCCAAGUUCGUCCAGCCCAUGUGCAGAGCCAACAAUAUUUGCCUUGAGAUUUCAGUUUUGUUUUGUUUUGUUUUCUUUGCAUUGAAUGCUGAGAGCUCCUGUUUACUAAGCAAGCUUAUGUGUUUAUUAUCCUCAUUUUUACUGAACAUUGUUAGUGUCAGGGUAAUGGAAACCCACUUUUUCAUUGUAAUGACUUCGGGGGCUUUUGUUAGUAAGGGUGGGGUGGGGUAGAAGGCAGUAGAGGGGGCCAGACCUCCAUUUCUCCUAAGAUUGGAUCUAUUCAAACAGGGAACACCCAGGGAGGGCCGAGAGGAGCCGCCAGGCGGGGCGCAAGGGUGUCUUUAGGUCUCUUUAGCAUUGCUUUUUCCCCCAGGGGUGGCGGUCCUAGCCAGUUUGGUGUUCACGGUGAGACAGAAUUAGAAUCUAUCUGCAAAUUGGCUGAUGUACCCCAGCUCAACACGUUCUGUGCAUUGUGGGAGAAAUGUUUCCUUCAUGGCCGCCACAUUCCUGAAACUAGUUCUGAUUUCUUUUAAUAAAUGUUAUCGUGAUUAAGAAAAUUUCCCGCACUUUAAUGGCAAAUUAAUUGAGAAUGUAAGAAAAUCGAUGCUGUCAAAGGCAAAUAAAGCUGUUUAUUAACCCUGA